CUACCUAAGUUGUGAGCUAUCACUUCAACUUCUUGAAGUCUCCUCAGUCAUCCGUUUACUAUCAUGCAUGUGUGGCUUAUAUUGCUCCUUUACUCAAUCAAAAACCAUCCAUAAUUGAGGCUAUGCAUAAACCUUCGCUCUUUCUUCCUCCUAUUCUCUUCAUAAUUUUGUCCUUGUUCUCUAUUGCAACCCACAUACCUACAACCUUGACAUGUUGAAUAAUGAUCAAAGGGCACUUGUUCCUACCACAAGUGGAAUAGAUCAAGAUCUUCAAGAUCAAGAUCAUCAUGAUGAUGAACAACCCAUCAGGGACAUCCAUGCCCUGACCCCACCUCACCCCCAACCACUAGCCAACCGCACCACUCGCCGGAGAGAAACUUGGGAAACAAGCAGCCAUAGAUCAUCAUCACUAUCCAUGGCAAGUGAAGGAGCAUCAGGUGAGAACUUCACAUCAAUGAGCAGAGAGUUCAGUGCCUUAGUCCUAGCAGGAUCAACCUUGGGGAACGAUGGAAGUAGUCAUGAAAAUGAGAAUAAUGGGAAUAAUAGCCUUUUGGCUAGGAUUGGAGAAGAUCAUGAAAUGCAUGAGGAGACAAACCCUUUGGCUAUAGUACCUGAUCACAGCCCUUUGGACCCUCUACCAUCACCGAGGCGUGCUAUUAAUAGUGGGUCGGUGGCGAUUACUGGAAAUCAUAGCGAAGUUUCGGUGCAGAGAGUGAAGAGGGAGGAGGUGGAGACGAAGAUAUCGGCAUGGCAGACUGCGAAGAUUGCGAAGAUUAAUAACAAGUUUAAGAGGGAGGAUGCCAUAAUUAAUGGGUGGGAGAGUGAGCAGGUACAGCAGGCAACUUCAUGGAUGAAGAAAGUUGAGAGGAAGCUGGAGGAGAAAAGAGCAAGAGCAUUAGAAAAGAUGCAGAAUGAGGUAGCAAAAGCACACAGGAAAGCAGAGGAAAGGAGGGCAUCAGCAGAAGGCAAGAGGGGAACCAAAGUGGCUAAGGUCCUUGAAGUUGCCAACUUGAUGAAAGCUGUUGGCAGACCGCCUGCUAAGAGGUCCUUCUUUUAAGCCCCACCCCUAUACCCUAUAAAUUUCAUAAGAUUUUCCAUGUUAUAUAUAUGGACACAUGAAUAAUAAGCAAUACCCACAGUUAAAGGGUCCCUCCAUCUUUUGAACUAUAGGGUACCCUACAUCAAGUGUGGGCAUCCAGGAGUUGUACCUUAAAAACUUUUUCAGUGUUUUUUUGUUAAGGUUUUUGAGUGCAUUCAAGGGUUGUGAUGUUGUGUAAUGCUGCACUGUGAUUGAUCUCAACAGAGGAACUGAUGAUGAUGAUGUACAAACAGAAUUCAAAGUGUGCUAGAGUCUUGAGAGGGUGUGUAUGGUUGAUGGUGUUGAACCAAUUUUUAUGGUCUUGUACAGUUCUAUUAAUUAUAUUAUGAAUACAAUACCUUAAAGCUUUAAGAUC